UUCUCAUCUCUCAUAUUCCAUCUUUCAUCUUUCAUCCCCCUCAUCUCCAUGUCUUCUACUCUAUCCUCUCCAUCCAUCUACUAUAUCCCCCCACUAUAAUGUAUCUCACCUCACCCUAUAUAUAUCGUUCCAAAUAAAAUGGCCACAAUGAAUUCGCCCGUCGACGACUUCUUCUGGGGCGCCGCGGCUACCCUCCAAGCAAGUCUCCCUCCAGCUUCCCCCAUUGUCCCCGACUCCCCCCCCGAAGACGUCAAUCUCGACCUCUCCCAUCUUCCGGGUGAUCCCAGCGACGCCAAGAAGGCCUUUGAGACGGAGUUACUCGCACUGGUCCGUCAUGUUCAUCUCCUCCAGUGUGGUGGGAGCUCACCUGUGCAGAAUAAGGUGGUAGCGGUGGUGCCGGAGGAAGAGUUGCUCUGUCGGCCUGCGACGGCGACGGGAUUGCCCUCAAGGGAGCUGGAGUUUCGGCCUGCGUUGAAGAGGAAGUUAGAGUUCGAUCAAGAACAUGGAAGCGACCAGAACAGUAGUCCCGGAAUGGUGGUCGCGAGUGAACUCGACCUGGCGCGGACAAAGCGAGCCCUACAAGAGGAAGGGGAGGAAAUUCAACUUCCCCGCAAAGUUGUAUCCGGCCUAUUAAACGAGCUUCUGCACCGUCGCGCAUUGGUGGAGAUUGACCAGCUCGAAGAAGAACUGCACAAACACCAGCAGAUGAAUAAGGCAUUCCAAAAAGCACUACAGGAGAUCGGCAAGAUCAUCACCCAAGUCGCAAAUGGCGAUUUAUCGACCAAAGUCCCGAUCCAUCCGCUCGAAAUGGACUCGGAUAUUAUCACGUUUAAAAUCACCAUGAAUACAAUGCUGGAUCAGCUGCGCGUGUUUGGGAGUGAAGUCUCGAGAGUGGCCUGGGAAGUUGGGACGGAGGGGAUUCUAGGGGGCCAGGCGCAAAUUGCUGGGAUGCAUGGCAUCUGGAGGGAAUUGACUGAUAAUGUGAACAUUAUGGCGUCGAACUUGACCGAUCAGGUUCGAGAAAUCGCAUCGGUGACGACGGCAGUUGCUCAUGGGGAUCUAGGGCAGAAGAUUGAACGACCUGCCAAAGGGGAGAUAUUCCAACUGCAACAGACUAUGAACGUCAUGGUUGAUCAGCUACGGACGUUCGCUAUGGAAGUGAAUCGCGUCGCUCGCGAUGUGGGGAUUAAAGGCGUCCUUGGUGGACAGGCACAAAUAUAUGGCACCCAAGGAGCAUGGAAUGAGCUAACGGUCAAUGUAAACGCCAUGGCCAACAACCUGACUACUCAGGUUCGAGACAUCACCACCGUGACAACUGCCGUUGCCAAAGGAGACCUGACGCAGAAAGUGCAGGCAGAUUGUCAAGGGGAGAUUCUCGAUUUGAAAAACAUCAUCAAUUCCAUGGUUGAUCAGCUACGACAGUUCGCCCAGGAGGUCACCAAGAUUGCAAAAGAAGUCGGCACUGAUGGGGUCCUCGGAGGCCAAGCAACCGUGCAUGACGUUGAAGGAGUCUGGAGGGACCUCACAGAGAAUGUGAAUCGGAUGGCGAUGAAUCUCACCAUCCAAGUCCGUGAAAUCGCCGACGUGACUACCGCUGUCGCCAAAGGAGAUCUCACCAAGAGCAUCACGGCCAAUGUGAACGGCGAAAUAUUAGACCUCAAGGAAACCAUCAAUGGAAUGGUUGGCCGGUUGAACCAGUUCGCCUUUGAAGUGAGCAAAGUAGCUCGCGGCGUUGGAGUUGAUGGGACACUGGGAGGCCAGGCUGUCGUAGCCAACAUCGAAGGCGAGUGGAGGGUAUUGACCGAUAAUGUCAAUAUCAUGGCCGACAACCUCACAGCCCAGGUCCGAGCAUUCGGGCAAAUCACCAACGCAGCCACAGACGGCGACUUUAGCAAGCUCAUCACCAUCAGUGCAUGCGGCGAGAUGGACGAACUGAAACAAAAGAUCAACAAGAUGAUCUCCAAUCUCCGCGACAGCAUCCAGCGCAAUACCGCAGCGCGAGAAGCAGCCGAGUUGGCAAACCAAAGCAAAUCCGAGUUUCUAGCCAACAUGAGCCACGAGAUUCGCACCCCCAUGAACGGGAUUAUCGGCAUGACCCAGCUGGCUCUGGAUACCGAAGAUCUCAAACCGUAUACCCGGGAAAUGUUGAACGUGGUGCAGAAUCUCGGCAAUAGUCUACUGGUCAUUAUCGAUGAUAUUCUCGACAUUUCCAAAAUCGAGGCAAACCAUAUGAAUGUCGAGGCUGUCCCGUUCAGUCUCGGACAGACUAUAUUCAAAGCUUUGAAGACGCUGGCCGUGGAAGCUAAUGAAAAGGGACUGGAUCUCGUCUAUCACAUUGAUAACUCAGUGCCGGACCACGUUAUCGGAGACUCAUUCCGCCUGCGACAGGUCAUAUUGAAUCUGCUCGGGAAUGCUAUCAAAUUCACCGAAAGUGGCGAGAUCAGAUUGUCCGUCCACGAGGCAAAGUCUAACCGUUAUACCUCUAUGGAGGGAUACAAACUGGAAUUUUCCGUGUCUGAUACCGGCAUCGGCAUCAAAAAUAGCAAGCUGGGCUUGAUCUUUGAUAAAUUCCAACAAGCCGAUGGCUCCAUGACCCGUCGGUUCGGAGGUACUGGCCUGGGCCUGUCCAUCUCCAAACGUCUUGCCAAUCUCAUGGGCGGCGAUAUCUGGGUGACGUCCGAGAUGGGCGUUGGAAGCACCUUUCACUUCACCUGUGUGGUGCAGCUGUCUCAUCCCCCGUUCCGCGAUAUCAUCCAGCACCUCGCGCCGUAUCAAGGCCGUCGGGUCAUCGUCCAGGCCAACCACGCCAACCACCCAGACUACGACACUGAAGCGAUGAAACGGACUCUCCGCAAACUCGGCCUUGAAGCCGAAGUUGUCCAACUCGUCGAGGGCGACCACGUAUCCGAAACUCCCAACCAAAUAGACGACGUCGUCAUCGUCCCCAACAUGGCCUCCGCGGCCACCAUACGCGCAUUCAACAAAUUCAGAGAUCUCCCCGUGGUCCUCGUCUUCCCAGAAGUCUCCGUAAGCAUGAAAGCCGCCCUCGACCUCAGCAUCACCUCCUACGUAACGACGCCCUACCGCACAAUCGACCUCGUCAACGGCCUCCUCCCCGCGCUGGAAAGCCGCCCAUCCGGCGUUCUCUCCCAACCGGCUCACCCGCUCGUCAUCCUCCUCGCAGAAGACAACGAAGUCAACCAAAAAGUCGCCGUCCGCGUCAUGGAAAAAUACCACCACCACAUCACCGUCGUCGAAAACGGACAGGAAGCACUGCAGGCAUUCCGGAAUAACCGGUACGACGUGGUGCUUAUGGACGUGCAGAUGCCCGUUAUGGGCGGGUUCGAGUCGACGGCCAAGAUCCGUGAGUACGAGAGUUUUCACGGGUUGCCGAGGACGAGGAUUAUUGCGUUGACGGCGCAUGCGAUGUUUGGGGAUCGCGAGAAGUGUAUCGCUGCUGGUAUGGAUGAUUACUUGCCCAAGCCGUUGAACCAGGUGCAGAUGAUGGAGAUGAUUCAUAAGAGGGCGGCGUUGAGGGAUACCUUGUUACCAGGAUGA